AGAAAGAGCCUGGGGAGGAGCACACUGCAGAGGUGGGGGACACUUAGGCCUCCUGGGAGGUGUAACUGGAGCCCUCUGAGCUGGAAGGCCUGUGUGGCCGACCCCUGGCCUGGUCCUCCACCUCAGGUCCCUCCCCUGCCGUUUUACAUAAGGCCUGGGCAGGCUCCACUGGGGUAGGGCCCUUGGCCAUGGCCUUCACAGACCUGCUGGACUCCUUGGGAGGUGUGGGCCGCUUCCAGCUUGUCUAUACAGCCUUGCUGCUGCUGCCCUGUGGGCUGCUGGCUUGCCACACCUUCCUACAGAACUUCACAGCUGCUGCACCCCCUCACCACUGUCAGCAUCCUGCCAACUACACAGAACCUACCACCAAUGUCUCAGGAGCCUGGCUAAGGGCCGCCAUACCCCUGAACCAGCACGGGGUCCCUGAACCCUGCCUGCGCUACAUAGAGCCUCAGUGGGAUCUUCUGAAACCCAACACCUCCUCCCACGAAGUGGCCACAGAGGGCUGCAAGGACGGUUGGGUCUAUGACCGAAGCAUUUUCCCAUCUACCAUUGUGAUGGAGUGGGACCUGGUGUGUGAGGCCCGUACCCUACGUGACCUGGCUCAAUCUGUCUACAUGUCUGGGGUGCUGGUGGGAGCCGCCUUGUUUGGUGGUCUUGCCGACAGGUUGGGUCGCAAGGCCCCACUGGUCUGGUCGUACCUGCAGCUGGCAGUUUCGGGGGCUGCCACAGCAUAUGUGGGCUCCUUCAGUACCUACUGCGUUUUCCAGUUCCUGAUGGGCAUGACCUUCUCUGGCAUCAUCCUCAACUCCCUCUCCCUGGUUGUAGAAUGGAUGCCAACCAGGGGCCGGACGGUGGCGGGCAUCUUGCUGGGUUUCUCCUUCACCUUGGGCCAGCUCGUCCUGGCUGGCGUGGCGUACCUGAUCAGGCCCUGGCGGUGGCUGCAGUUUGCCGUGUCUGCUCCUUUCCUCGUCUUUUCCCUCUAUUCUUGGUGGCUUCCAGAGUCAUCCCGAUGGCUCCUCCUUCAUGGCAAGGCCCAGCAGGCUGUGCAGAACCUUCGGAAGGUGGCCAUGAUGAACGGCAGAAAGGCGGAAGGGGAGAGGCUGACUACAGCGGUGGUGAGCUCCUACAUCCAGGACGAGUUUGCAAGUGUCCGCACCUCCAACUCCAUCUUGGACCUCUUCAGAACCCCUGCCAUCAGAAAGGUCACCUGUUGUCUCAUGGUGGUCUGGUUCUCUAACUCUGUGGCCUACUAUGGCCUGGCCAUGGACCUGCAGAAAUUUGGGCUCAGCAUCUACCUGGUGCAGGCUCUGUUUGGGAUCAUUGACAUCCCAGCCAUGCUGGUCGCCACCACCACGAUGAUUUAUGUGGGACGACGGGCCACAGUGUCAUCCUUCCUCUUGCUGGCUGGGCUCAUGGUCAUUGCUAACAUGUUUGUUCCAGAGGGUCUGCAGACCUUGCGGACAGUACAGGCAGCGCUGGGCAAAGGCUGCCUGGCCAGCUCCUUCAUCUGUGUUUAUCUGUUCACAGGAGAACUCUAUCCCACAGAGAUCAGGCAGAUGGGGAUGGGCUUUGCCUCUGUCAACGCCCGCCUUGGAGGCUUGGUGGCACCCCUGAUCACUGCACUUGGUGAGAUCAGUCCAGUUCUGCCACCUGUAUCCUUUGGUGCCACUUCAGUCUUGGCUGGAAUGGCUGUCACCUGCUUCCUGACUGAGACCCGCAAUGUGCCACUGGUGGAAACUAUUGCUGCAAUGGAGAGACGAGUCAAAGAAGGCCACUCCAAAAGAGACAGGGCACAGAAGAAUGAAGAAAUUUCUCUUCAGCAGCUGGGAGCUUCUCCCCUCAAAGAAACCAUUUAAGUUGCCCAGGCCCCGGCAUGGACCUCAGCCUCUGCUAGGAGGGAGCAUCCAAGCCCCUGGUGCAGAACUCCAUGCAAUGCCAGAGGACAUCAUGGACUCUGCUGGGGAGCCACACCCAAGCCCAAGCCUAGUGUUCAGGAAGCAGAAGUGACCUCCAGAGACCCAAGGAGACCAUGCUGUCCACUGCAAUAAAAGCAUCACCGUCCAGGGCCACCAGAGAUGCUGGGUCUUUGCAAGGUCACAGUGACAUCGGCGCUCCCUGGUUUCCCUGGCUAAUUUUCUUGAACACCAUCCCCACCCCUGAAUUCCAGAACCCAUUCUGCUUCACUCCUUCACUUCAGACGUUAGGGGAGAAUGGCUCAUUUUUCUUGGGGUGUGGUGGAGGGAUAGGCAGUGUGUCUCCACAGGGGACGUGCAGGUCUUCUUCCUACAGUGGGCCUUGUAAUUGGUGUAAGAGUCGACGAGCCAACAGUGAGACCAAACUCAGGAAUGGCAGGGACCUUUGUCUGAUGUUUAUAUUCAAAGCAGUAACACUCUGCAGAAGUGGCAUCUGGCCCAGUUUCCUAAAAGUCAUAAAAGGGGCAUGUCCCUGCAGCCACAGCUUCCCUCUGACCUCAGGUCGGCAUACAGUCUAGACUUUGGACAUUCCUAUAUCCUUGAGCUGGAAUUUGCUACAUAGAGUAGGCUGGCCUUGGACUCACAGAGAUCUGCCUGCCUCUUCCUCCGAAA